AUGGACAAACUAGAUUUACAAUUAAAGUCCUUUAAGAAAGCACUCUCUGACUACUUUGGAUCAAGGUAUUCAGAAAAUGACAUAUCAAAAGAAUACUGCAACUGUAAGAAUGAUGAUAAAUGUAUAUGUGAUAUCUUUUCGGAAGUGGCACGAGAAGCUGCAAGACAAUUUCCAGAUGAUGAUACGUGGAAGAACUGGAGAACGGCUAUGCCAAAAUGUGGUAAACCAACUUGCAAGGGUAAUCAAGUGUUUGACCUGUGCGAUAAACCUUACCAGCCAACAUGCUCACAUCCAAAUCCAAGCAAUUCUAACACUGACUCUUGUGCAAGUGUCUGCAAAUGUGACAAAGAUCUGGUUCUUAAUGAUAUCGAUAAUGGCCAGCAGUGUAUUAAAAAGGAACACUGUCCCUGUAAAUACAGAGGAGUUGUACAUCAGCCUGGUGCAAAAAGGACAUCACAGUGUGAGACAUGCACAUGUACAAAUGGAAUUUGGGACUGCACUGAUACAGAAUGUUCUGGAACAUGCAAAAUAGAGAACGGCUAUCAUAUAACAACCUUUGAUGGAAGUCAGUAUGAAUUACAUGGGGACUGCAAUUAUCUUGCUGUUCUGAGUGAAGGCUGGUCCCUUGUUACAACAAUUCGUCAGUGUCAAGUAGGAGAAAAGCAGACAUGUUUGCAACAUGUCACCCUUUUCAUGGACACAUCUGAAUCAGGUGAAAUAUACAGUUUUACAAAUGAUGGCGGUAUUCUUUACAAUGACAUACCAGUUACAGAUGAUAUAAAUUCAGAGGCUGUCACAAUAUUCAGACCAACACAGGGUAUUAUCCAUGUCGAUGUAAAUGAAGACAACUUUAAUUUGAAAAUGCAAAUUCAGACUUCUUCAGUCAUGCAACUGUACUUGACACUUCCAGAAACAGCAAAGAAUAAAACAAGAGGUCUGUGUGGUACAUAUGAUGAUAAAGCAUCUAACGAUUUCUUAUCCAUACAAAACUCUCUUGAGACUGCAAACAAUUUUGCCGAUUCAUGGAAGCUUGAUAAGGACUGUAACAUACCCGAUGAUAUGCCAUGUGUUGACCUUAACAACGCAAUGUAUGCUGAAGAGAAAUGUGCUGCACUGCUGCACGCUAAUGGGAGAUUUGCUUCCUGCCACAACGCUGUGCCGUAUCAGUCAUACUAUGAGGCAGGUUGGGACCUUGUUCGCCAACAGCUUCAGGAUGAUAGUCCUUGCGAUCCAGAUGGAUGCGUCAAGUGCUAUAAUAAUGUUUUAUGGGUAUUUCUAAAUCACCCAGCUGCCAGUCGUGUAGUUGGCCUACUUUGCACCAUAUAA